AUGGGGUUAAUCAAGGCAGCCGUAAAAAAUCCCACGAACUGCCAGAUGCUGAACCGACAACUUCAGCCGGCCAAGUCGAUGGAUCGAUGGAGAGCUGGAGCUGGAACUGUAGCUGGAACUGGCGAACUGGGGCCUCCACUCGAUCCAAGCCCCCUCUCCACGCACGAGUGUCCUCGAGACGAGACGGCGUGGCUGCGGCUGCGGCUGAAAUCACCCAUCCAAUAUGGUCAAAUCUGUCCACCUGUCCUCCGGUCCGCAGUCCGCAGUUCGCAGCUCGCAGUCCGCUCGAGAGUGCAAGUGCGAGUGCGAGUGCGUGGUCUGCCAUCGAGGGGUAUAAAAGUAACGCAAUGCACACAGUCCACUUACAGUUGCAAUUCUUCCUCCAAGCCAAGUGAUUCGUUAUCCAGCGCUAGCAUGAAACUUCUGAUCCUCACCUCUCUGCUGGCUGUGGCCACCGCUGCUCCUGGACUCCUCGACUACGGACACUCGGCUCCGGACUACAGCUACGCCCAUGCCGCUCCUGCCAUCACUUAUGCUGCUGCAGCUCCAGUCAUUAAAUCAUACGCUGCUCCAGCCAUCACCUAUGCGGCUCCAGCUCCGUUGAUCAAGUCCUAUGCCGCUCCAGCCAUCAGCUACGCCCAUGCUGCUCCUGCCAUCAGCUACGCCGCUCCCACGGUGGUCAAGUCCUAUGCUGCUCCUGUGGCGGUCAAGGUGGCAGCUCCGGCCACCAGCUACUCGCACUUCAGCUCGGUUGUUUCCCACGCCACGCCCAUCGUGAAGUCGUACGCUGCGCCUGCCAUCACUUAUGCUGCUCCAGCUCCGGUGAUCAAGUCCUAUGCCGCCCCAGCAAUUAGCUACGCCCAUGCCGCUCCAGCCAUCAGCUACGCUGCUCCCACGGUGGUCAAGUCCUAUGCGGCUCCAGCCAUCAGCUAUGCAGCUCCUGCCCUGGUGAAGUCCUACGAUGCACCUGCCCUGUCCCUGGGUGGAUAUGGAUACCACUAAGCUCCGAUACCAAAAC